ACAGGUGCAGAGAAUAAUUGUAAUAUUGGUAAUUUAUAGUUAGCGCCAGAAAGAAACUUUUCACUCGUACGUUUGUCACUAAAGUAAGAGGUUGAGAACUACGAUAGACCAAAACAAUAAGCAAUACAGCGUUCCAUCAAACCCGCUACAACAAUAGCCAAGAACCUGUUCUUACAAUGCCUAGCAGAGAAAAUCCACAGAGCAAUGAUAUGGAGGAUCAUAGAACACGUAUCCUUAAGGAUUGUGUUCGGACUUACAAUAGAAAUAUUAAAAUGAUGGAAUACGCCAGGCUACGAUCUCUGGUACCUUCAGUCGCUUGUAAAUCGCGCGUGUCUAAGAUUCAAGUAAUAGAAGAAGCAAUAAAAUACAUAGCACAUCUACAGCAAGCAUUGAGGACGCAACCCCAAAAUGCUGACCAAGGUGAAGCUAACACAAGAAACACCGAGCCAGAAUCGCCCGAAAAACGACGAACAAGCCUUCGACAGAAGCGACAGCGAAUCGCCUCAUAUAUGAUUAAAACCCAAAGACAUAUGCCAAGAACGAGGCCAAAAUUCUCAAAUUCAUCCGCGAAAAAGGACUUUAUAUCUUGAGGGAAAAAAUAUUCAAAUUGCGAAUUUGUUGUUUCUGCAAAAUAUAUAAACGGUAUAUUAAAGCCUGAAAAAAAUAUGCUUAUAGAAAGAAAACUCUAUGCACCUUUUGUUAAUGACAGCGAGAACUUCAAGAUUAACCUUGUGAGGAGCUUUUUAAGAUAAAAGUCUAGCACUAUAGGGGUUUAAAGGUAUAAAAUGCCUAUCCUAGCAGGUUCUUCGUAUCCUUCUAGUAUGUUUUGCUACCUAUUUUCAGCAAGUUCCAACGUAGAUCACAACAACAGCGCGGUUAACUUUAUUAGUUCAGUUGCUCAUUUUGCUGCCCCUUAGGGACACUUUUCGAGCUCUAGUAGCCGGCAACUAUUUUUAAAAAAGCCGGGUUGUCUGUUAUACUGAAUGCUGCAUAUUGAGUUGUAUUCUGUUCAAAUUUAAGACAAAAGUAAAGGAAAGUAUUCUGUA